AUGGAUCCACUUUUGGCAGAAGUUAACAAGCUGAUCAAUGAUUUGAGUUUUGAGCCAGCAUUGCCUUUGACGAGAUCUGAGUUCACAGACGUCUCGCUCGACACCAUCCGUCUUAUGGGCCGGGCAGAUGAAUUCAUCAAGGAUGGCAUUUUCAAAGACAUGGUGCCCGAGUUUAUAGACAGAACCAGCAAGACAUAUCAUGGCGAAUGCGACGGCCUACACAGGGCCCUCCAAACUCUCAAGGCGGAUGCUGCAAUGUAUGCACAAGGCAAAUGGCCGAAGCCACUGCAGCACAGAUCGGGUCAGCAGUUCAAGAAAGAGAUGAAAGACGAAUUCGAUGCAGCCCAAAAGCAGGCUGACGACAAGAAGGCCAUGGAAGACUUUAAGCGCAAAAUCGAUGCAACAAAACAAUGGGUUGCUUUGAAAGCUAAGGAUCUGGAAACUUUGACUUUUAUUCGCGCGAAGCUCGGCGAGUUCUAUGACAAGAUGCUUGAAAAUCAAAUGCGCAUGAACCAGAACGACAUGCAGAGGAUGAGAGCUCAUGUGGUUUGCAUUCUUUUUGCCAGCUUACCAGAAUACAUGCACAAGGCGGCGAAGAAGUACACAGAUCGAAGCAAGAACAAGGAGGACUCCGACAAGAAACGUGCCGAUCGGCGCGGACAGCAGUUGACGAUGCUCGAGGACCAGGUCUACAACAUGAAGUCCGAUUUGCAAAAAAACGGCUUGGCCCACCUGGACUCAAGGAUGACGAAGAUUUUCCAGCAGAGCAAGUCCAAGGUGAAGGGCAACAUGGUCCGCUUCAGCUCACCGUCGGCAAGCGCAGAUGAGAACAAGUUCCAAAGCAUCGCGACAAGACGCAAAGACAUCUUCUACGAGAGGACGAUCCAGCUCGCAGCGGCAAGUUUCAGCCAACCGAGAUUCAAAAUCAAGGCAGUCAAAAAGUUCCGCGAAAUCUAUGACAAGCCACCGCAGCUUCAGCCGCCACACAUCCCGCAGCAAAAGCAGGCAGUCGCAGCACGGCAGCAGGAACAGCAGCCGCAGCAAUGCAAGCCGCGUGACAUGGACAUGAACCUUCGAAAUCUCCGCCGUUAUCUUCGCAAACAGUAUCUUCGGGAAACCGUCGAUGGUGCCUUCACCGAAGUUUCAAGCAACGAGCUCAUGUGGUCUUUGAUUUCAGCAUAUGACCUUUUGCGAUCCCUUUGUGAUCGUGCUAUUCAGAACCACUUGAUUGAUGUUGGGACGAUGAACUUUAUUCUACAGCCACUCCGCGAUCUGGGAUUCCCCAAUCCAAGCAGAGCUUCAUUACCUGCAGUUUUGACAUGCCUGGGCAAAAUCCGAUAUCUCGUGAAGCUACACAAACCAGGAUGCAAGUUACGUCGAGUCGAGGUUGAUACGCGGUCCCCCUUCAACAAUCUGACGAUCUUCGUUUCCAGCAUUUUGCGAAAGGUAAUUUGCAUUUGCGAGACAACGGUCAUGGACUCGAAACAAGUCUUGUUGGAUUUACUGGACCAUCCACCUCCACUCGGACAUGAUACUCGUCAGUUGGUCUUUGUAGCUGCCGAUUUGGAAGAUUUCUACCCACGCAUAAACUUGGAUUCAUUGCAGGUUUCGCUCUGUUCUGGAUUGGAUAACUACUACGGCGUGAAUCAGGCUGCCAAGGACUUUGUUGCGAAGCUAGUCCUCAUCAUCCUGCACAACAAAGCGGUUUUCAUCAAUGGCAAGGUCUACAAGAAAGCACGGUCUUUAAGUAUUGGUGAGCGCAUAGCUACCGAUGCUGCAAACAUACACCGAGAACAUCAUUUCAGACCUCUCGUGAGUCAGGCUUUCGAAACUGGGCUACUAUCCAAGUAUUAUGGUUAUGUCGACGACACCGCCAGUAUUUUCCUUGGAAAUCAGGCUACUGUUCAGUCUUUCUUGUCAGCUCUUCAGCGCGUUGACACCGAGCAGUUCAAAUGGACUUUCAAAGUGUCAUUUUCUCGACUCGAUUUCUUGGAUCUUUCCAUCAGGUAUGACGGUCAGCAGUUGAACACCUUCGUGUACCGCAAGCCACAACACAAUCCACAGUAUCUUCAUGCGUACAGUGAGCAUCCUUUGCCAUGUCGGAAACAUAUCUUCAAGAGUCAAGUCGCGAGAUUUCUGAUAUUGAACAGCACGGAGUCUGGUUUUCUUGACGACGUGGAAUCUAUGCGACGACAGCUCGCAAACAGAUUGCAUCCAGAAUCAUGGCUUUCACAGGCUACUUACGAUGUGGAUCGUCGGAUGACUUUGUUACACAAGCUUCGAAAUCGGCAUCUUCGGUGUGAACCUGAAUUCCCGUCGACCUCUUCAGUGAACUGUAUUGUCUGCAAGCUCGAGUACAGUAACGUGACCAAACGGCUUGGACUCCAAAAAGCAUGGAACAUGCUGAAAGCUAAAUUGUCACGUUUUGAAGCGUAUAAACAGUCAACACUGCCUGAGGCUACGUUGACAGUAGCAUGGAAAUGUUCUUUCAGUCUUUUCCGGCAAACCUACCGGUACAAUUUCGUGCCGGGGUGA